CUGACCUUGGCGUAUACAGUCGCGACUUCAACGAGCAUUUUAAGGUUCCCAUUUCGCGAAGUCAACGAGCAUCUCUCAGUUUUGCAUCGACACCAUGACCGCUCGUCGGCACUCCAUUCAGUCCUUGGCACCAGAAACUCUGCUGGAAAUAUUCGAUCACUUAUCGACGUCCAGGAAACGCUCCAAGAAGACAGGCGUUUACAGCCCUAUUGCUUUGUAUCCCUUCACCAUCGCCAGCGUAUGUCGUCACUGGCUCGACGUUGCGAGUCUCAAGUCGAAAUACUGGAGCGACGUCGUCAUCCCACUCGACUUCCCUAUCCUCCCAUCUAUCAUGGGAACCUAUCUUGACGCGUUCAACUGUCAGGAUACUCCGCACUUCCACAUAGUCUACUUCAACACUGUCCCCAUCCAAGCCCAAGUGGAGAAAGCCCGGCUCGAUGAUGUGAUGCGUCUUCUCGUGCCGUAUUUCCACAAGUGCAAGACUAUCUCCAUUUAUACCUGCUAUAGGUCAUCUACGAUCCUAGUCACGAAAUACCUCACGAAGCGAUCCCUCAUUUUCCUUGAAGACUUGUCCCUUGUCUCCUCCAUCACUGACACAACUCAGCCUGCUUGUUUCGCAUCCAUGACGUGUCCCAAGCUGAAAUCUCUGUCAGUAGACGCCAAGACGUUCACUAAUCUCAUCGAGGCUUUGGAAAUCAAGUCGGAUCCAGAAAGAGACAUGGACCAUGUUCGCAUAACCUCUUACCACCCAACCAACUGUCGAUCGGAUCUUGAGCCAGAUGAUCUCGUCUGUGGUAUCGCGGAGCUCGCUGAUGGCUACGGGAUGAUUUACGCGCUCGACGUCUCAGAUGUUAUCUUUGAUCCAUCUCUUACAUGGUUGUUCACCCACAUAUCCAACGUGUAUGAGGUCCGACUGGUUGACCUACAGAAGCAGUUUUUGGCUCAGCUCUUGGGCAGUUUCAGGACGCCUCAGGCCCUUCAUGACUAUACAAGCGUCUCUCUCACUCGUUGCAUCCUUCCAUACCCCGCCAUCAUUGGUGACAUGUUCAAGCUCUCAUUCAUCGAGAUGGGGGACAGCAAUUCCAUCCUUAACGCACUCAAGCGUUGGGAAGGCGUCGAAAUCGAGGUAAAAAACUGCUCAGGGUUCACCGACAUCAUUCUGGAUACUGUAUCCUCCGAACGUCUUUGUCCCAAUGCCACCUCCCUCAAAAUUCACAAAUGCCCAAUAUCAGUGAAGGCCUUGCGACGUUUUGUGAGGUCAAAGCAGAAUGUUAACCCAUUGACCAAACUAUGUGUUUCAAAGGGGCCAUCGUUGUUUUGGUGGGACAAAGUAUGGCUUGAGGGGAAGGUUGAGGAUGCAAGCUGGAACGGUAAAAAAUUGCAUGAAGUCAAGUUUUCCGGACAGAUCACGGUCUAGUUAGACACAUCCAUUGAUCAUGUGGGAUAACAGUCAAUGAAUAUUAGCAGUUGUUUACCCGAGUAGUAUAUAUAUGACAUGGACGUGUAGCAUUCCAGCCUACUCGAGAUCAAGCCGCUCG